AUGCCCAGCUCCAAGACGUUUCGCUGUCCAAAAGUGGCCACGGUGGCUGAGGAGGUGCGUGCAUGCACCGCCCCCGCAGCCGACAAGGGACAACACCAAUCUAACAAUCGCAUCAGCACCGCACACCACCAGCAAAGACUCGCCAUGUCGUCGCGCAUUCCGGACGAGACGCUCUCGAAAGUGCUCGAGAAGAUCCAGCUGCAAGUAUACCAGACGAACCAGCAGCUGAGUGCGCUUCGGGCGCAGAUUGCCGCACGCGAGCGCGAGGCCAAGCUCAACACGCUCACGCUCACCGAGCUGCAGGCGAUUCAGGAUCCCAACGCACCGUUCUACCGCUCAGUUGGAAAGAUGUUCCUGCAAGAAUCACAACCCGUCGUGCUGUCCGAACUUGAGCAGAAACAGACCGCCAUCACAUCAGAUCUUGAAGCCCUCCAGAAGAAGCAAAAGUACCUCCAAAAACAACGCGAAGACGCACAGGCCCACCUCAAAGACAUCUUUUCCAGCGUCAACCGUCAGCAGCAACAAGAAGCCUGA